AUGGCCCAGGCGAACAGCCCGCUGCCAGCAGCAUCCACAAACACUGCAGAGGGCACCAAACAGCACCGCCAACCUCGGCACCAGAUCAAGCGCUCCUUGACUGAGCUCGCAGGACCGGUCCGCCUGCCCCGGCACAAUGACAAAGACCGUCAACAACAGCAGCUUCGAGGCCGCGACCUAAAAGAUCAUGACGAGCGCCGGCAUUCUCCCCGCCAUCAUCAACACCACCAUGGACACCACACCCACAAGGACCGCGAUGAGCACCGCUCCGGACUCGUGAACCAGCUCCUGCCAGUGCCAGGCUCGGCGGGAGGCCACCAUUUUUUUGGCCGCGCAUCAGCGGACAUGCCACGCUCAGAGCGAACUUCUUCAUACUUUGGCAGCGAUCUAGACCGCAGUCGGCGGCCGAGUCUAGUUGGUGGAGGUGGUGCAGCUGGUCCUGGCAAGAUAGACAUUUCGAAUGCUGCUUCCGGAGUGAUAGCUGGGGACAUACAGAGACGAGCGAAGGGGAAGACAAAGGCGGAGCGGGAGGCACUGCUGCUCCGGGAACGGGCCGAUGCUAUCAGUCGUGCAAACGCGCUCCGAACCUCUCUGGCCGAAUUGAGCGCCUUCUCCAAUGACGCGACCAAAACUUUGGACGACUCGUACUAUUCGGUUCUCGAGCGGCUCGGCACCCUCCAGCAAACCAUUGUUGCCUUGCGCGAGCUCGCAAGCUUGUCCAGCGAUCUCGCCCAAUCGUUCAAGCACGACUCGAGCGAGCUUACCGAGGAGAUCGAGGCCCAGAUACAGCCAUUUGGCGAGCUCGACGAGCACCAGGACCGCAUCAAGAGCCUACAGCAGCGCAUCACUGUUGGUCGAGACAAGACGAAAGGUCUGACCGAGCGCGUAGACCGUGUGCGCGAGCGCGUAGAAGGGUGGGAGGCUGCGGACCAGGACUGGCGAGUGCGCACAAGGAAGCGCCUCAGGGUCAUAUGGGUGGUAGUUGUUACCACUGCUAUCAUCAUGCUGCUGCUAGUCUUGCUGGGCGCCCACCAGGAUGAGCUUCUGUCCGCGUCCACCACAGCUGCGGCAGUGGGAGCAGCAUCGGCACUGUCAUCAGGUAUUAGCUCAGCUGGGGCUUCGGUCUACUCCUCAGCCGUACACAGGCCAGUAACGACGGGAAACUCGGGGGGAGAUGUUGGCCCAGACACCCUCGGUGACGCGCUCCCAGCUGAGAGCAAGGCAGAGCAACGCUGUCAUGAGGAUGAUGCCGUGGGUGGUUUAAGAAGACUGAUUGAUGAAGUCACGGAGGCUUUCCGGGCACGGCAACAGGAGGACCGACCAGAUCCGGACGUGCUGAGAGUCCUUGACGAGCUUUAG